AUGGCCGACGAACCGCGAAAGCGAUCUCGCUUCGAUCAGCAGGAGCCGGCACGCAAGUCGCGCUUCGACCGCCGCUCGCGCUCCCCUCAGCGUGAUGAAGAGUCCUCAGCUGUGAAAAGUGUCGAGAGCCCAGCGGACAAGAAUGGCAAUGCGGCAGCAGCUGCAGCAGCCGCGGCGGCCAAGAUCAACGCCUCGAUCAAUGCGAAGAAGGGCAUUCAGCACGUGGAUGUGCCGCCGAUCCGUCCGACCGAGUCCCCAAGCGCAGAUGCUGGAGCCACCGAGACCAGCGGCACCCUCAACGCCGACAUCUACCAGCAAGAUGGUGACUAUAUCCGCGACGUCGAGAUCAACGACCUGCGCAACCGCUAUACAUUGACUAAAGGCAGCACACAAAAGAUGAUCAAAGAGAAAACUGGCGCUGAUGUCACUACUCGAGGCAGCUACUAUCCGGACAAGAGUCUGGCUACCGCCGCGAACCCACCACUUUACCUCCACAUCACGAGCACGACCAAAGACGGUCUCGAGAAGGCCGUCCAAGAAGUCGACCAGAUGAUGUCACAAGAUCUGCCCAAUCUCGUUGACGAGCGCCGCUUCCGUCGCCGCGACCAAGAAGAGCGUCCGCAGUUCGAGCGUGACCAUCUAGGUCGUCGCAAAUGGCCAGAAGAACGCAUUCCGAUCGAUCUGGAGCCCAUUCCUGGUUUCAACUUGCGUGCCCAAGUAGUUGGUGCUGGUGGCAGCUAUGUCAAGCAUAUCCAAGGCGAGACGAGGUGUCGUGUCCAGAUCAAAGGCCGUGGAAGUGGCUUCAUGGAGCAUGAUACUGGGGUUGAGAGUGAUGAGGCGAUGUAUCUGCAUGUGGCCGGCCCCGAUCCUGCCGAAGUCGAGCGUGCCAAAGGCAUGUGCCUCGAUCUCCUCAAAUCCGUCAAAGACUCCUACGACUCUUUCAAGGAACGUGGCCCACGUGGCGGAGGAGGCGACCGCUUCGAACGCGGAGGUGGUGGCGGCGGCUAUGGUGGGGGUGGUGAUCGUGGAGGCUACCAAGAACGCGAUCGUAACAGCUCGUACGGCGGCAACUCCCAGUAUGGAGGUGGCAACUCUCAGUACGGCGGUGGCUACGCUCAGCAAGCAGCUGCUGGCUACGGUAGCGCUCAGUCUCCUACCCAAGGCACCCCCGGCUUCGCUCCUGCUGCUGGCGCAAUGAGCCCUGAUGCUGGUGCUGCUGGCGCAGACCAAGUGGCCCAGAUGCAAGCCUGGGCAGCUUACUACGCUCAGAAUCCCUCUGCAGAUCCUUACGCUGCGUACGGUGGAUACGGUCAGGUUAUGGCAGCAUACUAUCAGCAAGGUCAGCAGGGUAUGGCGCAGGCUAAUGGUGAUGGUGGUGCGCCUCCGCCUCCACCUCCUCAGGACUCGCAGGUUCCGCCUCCGCCGCCGCCGCCUCCUGGUAGUGGUGCGCCAGGGGGAUACAAUUCAGUGCCGCCACCACCUGGCAUGUGA